AUGGACUCCCCCCGCAUCAUCGGGGGCUACGUUAUGGCCCCCCACUCCUCCAAGUACUUGGUGUCUCUGAAGAGGAAGAGCGGCUUCCAUUUCUGCGGGGGGGCGCUGGUCAGCCGCCGCUGGGUCUUGACCGCUGCCCACUGCAAGAGCGGAGGGAACCAGAUGCUGAUUGUGGCCGGGGAAUAUUCAUUGUCCACUGUGGAGGGUACCGAGCAGGUCUUCCGUCCGGCCCGCCUGGUGGUCCAUCCGGAAUACAGCGCCUCUUCGAAGAACGCAGACAUCAUGCUGAUCAAGCUGAGCCGGCCGGUGGCCUACAGCCCCUUCGUCUCCAUCGUGCCGGUCCCUCGGCAAGGGGCAAAGGUUCGGGCCGGCCGCUUCUGCCAGGUCUCCGGCUGGGGCUACACCACGCCUGUCGGGGGCAGGGCAUCGGACACCCUGCGCAGCGUCCGGCUGCCCCUCGUCUCCCCCUGCAAGUGCAACAGCUCCGCUUCGUACGCCGGCUACAUCACCAAGAACAUGAUCUGUGCCGGAUUUGGGCAGGGAGGGAAAGACGCCUGCCAGGGUGACUCCGGGGGUCCCCUGGUGUGUGACGGGCGUGUGUUCGGCAUCGUUUCCUGGGGCCACAGUUGCGCCAGCCCUGGCUACCCUGGGGUCUACACAGCCGUGGCCAACUUCCAGAAGUGGAUCUACAAGACCAUUCUCCAGAAAUAA